ACACAACAUUUGGUCAUCCCAAAUCAUACUCACUACUCACUACCUUCAUUUUGUGCAUCUAAGAAAAAUCCAUUUUCCCUCUCCGCCGCAACCGACACCCCUCCGCCCCCUCAUCAAAUGCUUCCCGCCACCGAUUCACCUCCCUUCAACUCAAAACCCAAAACCCCCGACAUUUUAGACCGCAAAGCCUCCUCCUACCUCGCCUCCCUCAAACCUUACCUCUCCCUCCACCACCGCCGCACAUGGUUCUUCCUCGCCGUCCUCCUCCUCCAGCUCCUCCUCCUCCUCUCCGCACCCUCCCUCCCCUUCUCCCUCUCCCCCUCCACCCCCGCCCUCAACUCCACUUCCACCCUCACCGACACACUCCUUAAUUCCCCUCCGCCGACCUGCCCGCACGGCAAACUCUACGUCUACGACCUCCCGCCGCAAUUCAACACCCAAAUCGUCAAAAACUGCGACCAGAUAAACCCCUGGUCCUCCCGCUGCGAUGCCCUCUCCAAUUCCGGCUUCGGCAAGUCCGCCGCCGCCGUGAUCUCCAAAAUCGCGCCGCCAGACGCGAGCUCCGCCUGGUUCUGGACCGACCAAUUCUCCCUGGAGCUCAUCUACCACCGCCGGAUGCUCAAUUACCGCUGCCGAACAUCCGAUCCCCAAUCCGCCACCGCCUUCUACAUCCCCUUCUACCUCGGCCUCGCAAUCGAGAAGUCCAUCUUCAACAAAACCUCCACCGAGGCGGAUCGCGACCACCACUGCAAGAUGCUGCUCAAUUGGACCUCCGAUCAGCCCCUUUUCCAGAGAUCCGGCGGCUGGGACCACUUCAUCACCCUCGGCCGCAUCUCCUGGGACUUCCGCCGCUCGCUCAUCAGCGACUGGGGCUCCAGCUGCUUCUACAUGCCGCAGAUGCGUAACAUCACGCGCCUCCUCAUCGAGGCCAACCCCUGGGACUACUUCGACGUCGCCGUCCCCUACCCCACCGGCUUCCACCCCGCCUCCACCGCCGACGUCCGCUCCUGGCAGGACUUCGUCCGGAGCCGCAACCGCAGCUUUUCCUUCUCCUUCGCCGGAGCCACGCGCGGCUACAUAAAGAACGACUUCCGCGGCGUCCUCCUCAACCAGUGCUACGCCGAGCCGGCCUCCUGCCGCGUCGUCGACUGCAGCGGCUCUAAGUGCUCCAACGGGAGCUCGGCUAUCUUAGAGGCCUUCCUCGACUCGGAUUUCUGUCUCCAGCCGAGGGGGGAUAGCUUCACCCGCCGGUCUAUUUUCGAUUGCAUGCUAGCCGGUUCGAUACCGGUUUUUUUCUGGUACCGAACCGCCUACUUGCAGUACAAAUGGUUCUUCCCGGGUGAGCGGGAAAGUUACUCGGUUUUUAUUCACCGAAAUGAGGUAAAAAAUGGGACAACGAUCAUCUCGGUUCUUAAUAAGAUUAGUAAGGAAAGAGUGAAGGAAAUGAGGGAAAAGGUGAUUGAAUAUAUUCCGAAAAUUGUAUAUGCCAAUAAUAAUAAAGGAUUGGAGGGCAUGAGUGAUGCAUUUGAUGUGGCUGUGGAAGGGUUUUUGAGCAGAGUCAAGGAGCAAGAUCAAGGCUACAAAUGGAAAUGAAGGGGAGGUAUUUAUUUUUUGUUACAGAAUUGCAAUGAUUUUUGGUACUUCUACAUUACUAUACUCUUACUCACUCUAGAUUAGAGGGAAUUUCGAACUUUGAGGGGUGUUAUUUUCUGGAGUUUAUUCUAUUGUAUAUAGGGGUAAUAUUUUUUGUAUCACUACAUAAUGAUACGAUUAUAUUUAGAAUAAAGAUGCAUCAUGGAAUUAUUUAUA